UAUUAUGACAAGAUUUGACAGACGUUUAAUCACCAUCAAACAUUUCGGUUUUUCAUAAUACGAUCAUAAAAUUUCAUACAAGUAUUUUUUGUCAUGGAACUAGAAAAUUCAGAAAUACUAAAGCACAUCAAGCACUUAGAAAAUCAGAACAAGAAACUCAGGACUCUUUUAGACACCACGAAAAAUGUAGCAAGUCAAGAAGUAGAAAGACUUUCGUUGGUACAAACCGAAACAAAGUCUUUAGAGAAAGCGGUUGAUGAUUUAGAAAAAGAAAAACAAGAACUAGAUGAGCUGCUGACAUUGGUAUUAUCUAAAGAUGAAGGUAACAAGAAUUUGAUUUUAAUGAAGCUAGAAAGAGAGCACACCAAAUUGAGUAAUAAACUAGACGAAGCUCAUACAAAAAUACAAUUAAAAACAGAAGAAGUUGUGAGCCUGCGCACAGAAGACGCUAUCCUUAAAGACGUCAUUUAUAAAUUAGAAGCCACCAAGAAAUCUCUUUUGGGCCGUAUUAAGUUGAUUGAAGAUAAAGAAUCAGUGUUAUCAGCUAUUAGUACCAAGCUGAAAGAACAACUGUCAGAAGUUGAACACAGAGAAGAAAUAAUUGUUAAGAAAGUGGAAGAGAAGAAUGGAUCAAGCGAGAUGUUAAGAUCAAACAAAACAACUACUGGUUCAAAUCUAGAUACUACCAAGGUAAUGCAUGAUGGAGUCUCCAGUAACUCCAUUAUGUCUCCAAAUGAACAACAGUCUACUUAUACAGACAAUUCCCUAUCUCUAGAGCAGAUGAUCAGCGAAUUAGAAAAAUCUAAAGGUAAAUUAUACAAGGAUUUGGAAGAAAUUAUUGAUAACUCAACUAAAGAAAUCGAAAUUAUUAAAGCCAAGAUAUCAGAUCCUGAUAUCAAGCAACUUCUUUAUGAGAUUGAUAUUCAAAAAGCUGUUCUAGUUUAUAACUUAAAGAUGGCAAGGCUCCAGGAUGAGAAAAAUUUUGAUCCAGUGCAUUGUUCCCUUAUCAAAAUAUCUUCUAAUCCUAAUAAUCCAGUUUCUGAGACUUCUCAACAUAAUAUUAAUACGUCUUGUUCUGAAAAAUCUACGAAAUAUGUAAAAGAAAAGGAGUUCACAUUUGAUAUACUUACUAAAGCUCUAGAAAAGAAAAUGAUUUAAUACAUACCCAAUUCCUAGGUAAAAGUGUCAAUAUAGAAACAAUAUUAAUUUGUGCAGGUAUUCUCAAUAAAGAAAUACAUCCUCUGAAUCAAAAAACACUUCCAACAAACAUUUUGUUACAAGAAAUAAUUUUUAAGCAUGAUAAUACAAAAAACUGAACUUUUUAUAACAACUUCAUGUUUCACAACAAAUUUUACUAUAAAGGAGUAAAUAAAUUAAAAUCGAAAUAAAUAGCAAUAAACUUUUCA